AUGUCAGCGCAUGCUUGGGAAUUUGUCGAUGGGGUGUCUUUUGACAUUCGUGUGCCACUCAUGUCAACAGUUCCCAGGAAUUUUGGUGCCGAAGAUAUGACAUGUGACCAAGCUCUGGUCAUAAGCAUGGUGGAAAGUCAUCGUCGAAGCUACGCCGCUGAAGCUCAAGAAAUGAUAAAGUUUUUAACCAAGAGGGAAUUUGAGCUCACUUCAAUAAGGAGCCAAAGAGCGGUGUUUCCUCCACGACCUGUGAAAUUGCCCAGAGGGACCAACUGA